AUGGUCGACACUCAAAACCAAAGUCCAUUUUAUCAAAUAAGUGAUACAAAAAAUACGGAUUUAUUACAUGAACGUCAAUCAGCAACAUUCGAUGUUGAACAACUUACACAAUUUGUAUUUGGUGGUCCAAAAAAUUAUUUCAAUAUAAAUAAACGACGUCAACUUACUCGUUUAGCUUAUGCACAUCCAAUUCAUAAAACUCACUUACCAUUGGAAUAUCUUGAUGCUGAUGAACAUUAUUCAUUACUUAUUCGUAAAAGUUUGACUGGUAUUAAAGAAGCACAACGUUUAAAUAUAACUGAUACUAAAUAUAUUGGCUGGUUUUUAAGUAUUUUUACAAAUGGACGAUUUAUAUUUGGUUUACAUACUGGUAUGUUUAUUAAAACACUUGAAACAAUGGCUAGUGAUGAACAAAAAGAAAAGUUUUUACCCCUUGCACGUUCAUUUCAAAUAAUUGGUACAUAUGUUCAAACAGAAUUGGGUCAUGGUUCAAAUUUACAACGAUUAGAAACAGAAGCUGUUUUUGAUCGUACAACUGAUACAUUUAUACUUAAUACACCAACACUAACUGCAACAAAAUUUUGGCCUGGUGCAUUAGGUCGAUCAACAAAUUAUGUUUUACUUAUGGCACAAUUAUAUACACCAGAUCGAAAUCAUCCAUGUGGUUUACAAAUGUUUUUUGUUCAAAUUCGAGAUUUAAAUACACAUGAACCAUUACCAGGAGUAGAAGUCGGAGAGAUUAGUACUCGAUUUGCACAUGAAGUUGGUGAUAAUGGAUAUCUUCGAUUAACUAACGUACGAAUUCCACGAAAUCAUAUGCUUAUGAAAUUGGCCAAUGUUGAUGAACAAGGUAAUUUUCAUCGUCUUGGUGAUCCUCGUCUUCUUUAUGGAGCGAUGCUUGCAACACGUGUUAGUCUUUGUGCUUUUUUUUCAAUAUUACUUGGUCGUGCUGUUACAAUUGCUAUUCGAUACUCAGCGGUUCGACGUCAAGGACAAAAUCCAAGCGGAAAAGAAACACUUGUUCUUGAUUAUCCAUUACAACAAGAAAAAUUAGUGCCAUGUUUAGCUACAACUUAUGCAUUCUUUUAUUCCUUUAUAAAACUGGAAAAUCUACGUGCACAAAUUUUAGACAGUGAUAUAAUCUUAUUUGAACAAUUACCAGAACUUCAUGCGAUAUCAUCUGGUUUAAAAGCAUAUACAUCAACAAUAGCUGAACGAUUUUCUCAAAUAUGUCGUGUUGCUUGUGGUGGUCAUGGAUAUUUAGUAGCUAGUGGAAUAAAAAAUAUUAAUAAUAUGCUUGAUGCAGGAUGUAGUUAUGAAGGUGAUAAUUUUGUUUUAUUUCAACAAACAGCUAGAUUUCUUCUAAAAGUUAUACAACAAGCCGAUGAUAACGAUGAAAUCAAUAAUGAAUCAUCAAUUGCUUAUUUAUUUUCAACAACAUCACCUCCAGUAACAAUUGUUAAUCUUGAUGAUUAUUGUCGUUUAUUUGAAUGUCGAUCACAAAUACUUUUAAAAUCAAUUUCGAAUCAAUUAGUUGAAUCAUCAUCAACAUCUUAUGAUAAAUCUUCAAAAAAUUCUAUUGAACUCGUACAUAUUGCUAAAGCUUAUGUUGAAACAUUUAUUUUACGAGCAUUAUAUGAUGCUGUACAUAAAGCAUCUGAACAUCAAUCAUUUGCAUUAGUUUUUGAACAAAUUUUUCAUGUAUUUGCUAUUCAUACAUUACGAAAUCAAGCAACUGAUUUUAUUCGAUUAAAAUUACUUACAGCUGAACAAAUUUAUCAAUUAGAAACUUCUACUCUACCGGAUAUGUAUGCUCGACUUCGACCAAAUCUUGUUACACUUGUUGAUGCUUUUGAUUUUCAUAAUAAUGAACUUGAUUCAUGUCUUGGUCGUUAUGAUGGUCAAGCUUAUGAAGCAUUAAUGGAACGAGCUCGACUUAAUCCAUCUAAUCGAUAUAAAGUUCAUCCAGUUUGGAUGUCAAUUAAACAAAAUACAAUGUCAAAACUCUAA